GGAGAAGGAGUGAUUGAAUUUGGCCCUGGCGAAUCAGUCAGGACGUUUGAGAUCGAAAUCCUCAACGAUGACUACUUUGACCCUGCAUUGGAGUUCGCAGUUAUUUUGGGAAAUCCGGUGAACUGCGUGUUGGGUCCACGACUGCACACCACCAUGGUAGUAAUCCUGGAUGACGACCAGUUUCCAUCCAAUGACUUUAGCCAGGUGAUCGCACAAAAGAGUCAAGCUGCGCUCUGGGAGGUUGGGGGCCGCCUCUUGUGGGCCUUUGUACGCUUUUGUUUCACUCAUUUGCGGACAAUUAGGUGGAAGAGCUUGUUGGUGCUUUUCUUGUCGAAUUUGGGAAAUGUGUACUACUUGGCGACAAUUUUCAUGAGGGUGUAUUUGGUCGACACUGUGCUGAACACAAAGGAUCCAGACACAGCUGACCGUUUGUGGAUCCGCAAUGACCGCAACGCUACUGCCAUUGCUUUGGGCCUGGCUUGGGUUUUGCCUAACGUCAUUUUGCUGGCUUCGGACUACUUUGAGAUGGCAGUUCUUGACAUGGGACACCAAAUUCGCUUCUAUUUGCGGGCUGCUCUCUUCAGGAAAUACCUGCAUUACACAGAAGAAUCUAGAGCAUUGGUGCCAAUCCAGGCCUUGAAGGCCAGCAUUAUGAAGAACAUUCCAGACCUUGCUUCACAAGGUUAUUUGAUUCUUUUCCAUCUUUGGGCAAUGCUGGGGAAGAUUGUCAUGGUGUCAAUUUUCAUUCUUCGAGAGCCUCCCCGGAGUCCCCUGCCAUUGAUCGUCUAUCCUCUCUUCAUCGCAACUUACAUGCUUUGCACUCAACGGCAACGUUUGGACCUUCUGGCCAAAGAAAGUGAUGCCAAGACUGCAACGAAUCAAUGCAUAAUGUUCAUGCACAAGUGUGACAAGCUAUUCGCCGCCUAUGACAAGCGUGCAGAAGUUCAGCGACACUUCGAGGAUGUGCUCAAGAACCAGCGGAAGUGGGCCUUAAAGAUGAAGAUUUUCACUUUCUGGGAUGCCAAACUGAUCCCUUUGAUUACUAAAGUAGUCACUGGAAGCUACAUAGGCUUAUCGGCAUGGCUUGUGAGCACUGGCAACAGCACAUUGGGAACUAUCGUUGCUACCAUCAAUGUGUAUGAGGAUCUUGGCAACAGAUUUGCCACCAUUUGUGAAGGCUUCAAAGAAUUGAGCCAGGGAAUUGGCCCGCUUGCCGAAAUUGUGCUCCAAUUCAAUCUAGCAACUGAUGAUAAUUUGAUAGCUGAUUUGUUUGAAAUGAAUCAUGAAUAUGUGCUGAAUUUGUCUUCUGCCAGUACUGAGCCCAUUAAUUUUGAUGCCAUUCCCAUCUCCUUUCAAAACGUGCCAAUUGAUCACUCGCUCUCUGCUGACUUUUCGACUCAUGUGCCACAAGGCAGCGUGGUUCAGAUCAUUGGUCCUCAUGAUUCAGGCAAAGGGCGCCUCUUAAAGAGGAUUUGUGAGUUGGAGCACACUGCCAUUGGAACGGUAUUGAGAUCUCCGCAUCUUCUCGUUCUGAAUGUGCCGCAUGAACCCUUGUUUCUGGAUUCUACGGGCUUCUUUGGAAACCUUCAUUUGGUGAUGGAAUGGUCUCAGCCGAACACUGAUAUUGACGUUAACAAGGCGGCUCGUGGUCGCAGAAUCCUGCAGCGGCUUGGCUUGGGGAAGGAGUGGAUUCUACAGCAGUAUGACUUUGAUGAAGCUGCCUUUUUCAACACUGGCAAUGGGGACAAGGAGGAGGAGGCGGAGGAGGCUUCUGCAGACUCUGCACCAACGACUUCCACAAGUGCUUGGGCUUUGUCUUGUUAUGACGAAGAAGCAGAGGCUGUGGAGAAAGAUGAGGCUGUACAGGACCAGAAGUCCUCGUGGUCUUAUAUGAGUCAAAGUGAGAAAUGGCGUUUUCAACUUGCACGGGCUCUUGUAUUUGAUCCACACGUUCUGAUUGUGCACCGCCCUGUCGAUGAGCUUGAUGACGACUUGCAGGAGCUUGUGCUUUCACUUCUCCGCGAAUUUGUGGACCAAAGGGGUCUCGAGAUGAACGACAAGCAGGGGAGUCUGGACUUGGAGCGGCGUCGUAAUCGGACAGUUCUCUUGACCACUGGCGCUGCAACAAAGACUUCAAUUUCAGACUAUGUUUGGAGGAUGGGAGACAGUGGGGUUAGUGUGGUCAAAAGCCCUCCAAAUCGCACGGGUCGGUAAUGGCAAUGCCUUUGGAAGCCACAGCAUCUCACUCUGUACAUAGCUAGAUUCGCUCAGAAUCUGACUUUCCAACAGAUGCAAAGUUACAUCGGAUGCAAAGUCUUUCGCUUGAAAAAGGCAACCCUUGGAAUCCAUCCACUUUGUUUUGUCUUCCCACAUAUGUAGCUUGAAACUUCUGGAACAGGAAUCCGGAUUGCCAUUGGCAA